CCUCACGCCGACGCUUCCUAUUUCGAACCCUCCCAAUCCAAGGCCGAGGUGUACACACAGCUCCUCUCCCAAGCCAAGGGCCUCAUCUCCGGCCAACGCAACUGGGUCAGCAACCUAGCCAACAUCUCCUCCCUCCUCUGGCACGCCUACGCCUCCCUCCCACCCCCCUCCCGCUCCGUAAACUGGUCAGGCUUCUACAUCCGCGAUGACAAAUUCCCCGCGCUCGCCUCGCCCAUCUCAUCCCCGCCACUCACCGACCCCAACGGCGCUGGCAGCGGCCGCGGCGUGACGAUCUCGACGAUCUCGACGACGUACUCAAAUCCCGAGGAGCAGGUUCUGCUGCUCGGUCCGUUCCACGGCAAGCCUGCUUGUCAACAGAUUCGCUUCGGGAAGGGUGUUUGUGGGACUGCCGCGUCGAAGCAGACGACGGUACUCGUGCCGGAUGUUUUGAGCUUUCCGGGGCAUAUUGCUUGUGAUGCGGACAGUCGGAGUGAGAUUGUUGUGCCGAUCUUGGUUCGUGGGGAGACUGUCGCGAUUAUCGAUAUCGACUGCACUGAGCCAUCGGGCUUCGAUGAGGAGGAUAAGCUCUACCUAGAGAAGUUGGCCGCUAUCUUGGCCGAAGGCUGCGAUUGGUGA